AUGAAAUACUUAGUAGAGUGUUUGCCACGCAUUGGCUGUACAUCUAUUGCCGUUCAUGCCAAUGAAAGGCCUGUUGUUGCUUCUUUACACCCCUCCACCUUAGAGUUGAAGACUGUAUCGGGAGAUGUAUCUGUCAGCAUACCAUUGCCACAUAAUGUGGACAUCAAGUGCAGCUACGAAUUCAAAGCCUGUGGCGAUCGAGACUAUGUUCUGAGGCUACGCAAUCGAAAUGAGGAUGUAGUGGGAAACAGAGAAUUGAACAAGUCGCGGAAUUUUCUCAUGUCAUUGCCUGAAGGUAAAUGGGGAAAGAAAGACUUGCUUGAUCUGGGACAGUUCAAGCUAACAUGUUUAUGCUGUGGAUCCGCUAUAAUCGAUGCAGAAAAUUGCUUCAAGUUGAACGAAAUGCCGUCAGAAUUUUGGAUGGAACUUAUGGACUACUGGCAUUGUCAUAAGCCGGAUGAGCCCACUGGUGCUUGUGAAACAGGUAGAUACUCUGCAAAACAAAAUUCGCUCAACCCAUGCACAAAAGAACUGCUGGUUGGGGGAUCGUUCCUCUUGGCAAAUGCAGGCACUUUUACAGGCAGAGUUAUAUGUGAUGGAAAUCUAUUGAGGUGUUCGAAAUGCAAUGUAACCCUUGGUGAAAAGACUAAGGAACAAUUGUACAAGAUUUAUAAAUAUAAUAUGAAGCUUUCUUCUUUAAAUGGGGAGGAAUGCAGUUUCUUCCCACCUGAAAACGAUAUCGUAUUUACUAUUUUGAACCAUGUAAAGGGCAACUCUGCUAGGCAUAUCCUAUUAAAAUGUGAAGAUAAAAAAGUUCAUGUUUGGAUUUUUGCAAUUGAUAUAAGUGUUACUCUUUCUGAUGGUGCGAUCAUCAGGAAUUGUAUGAAAGUCUUGUAUCAAGAGGAUGUAAAAGUCGAAGGAAAUCACAAUAUAGAUGACGCCACUGUCAAUCAUAUUCCAAUGAAAUGCUUCCUUGCUGCUCUUGAUGGCGUAAAUACAUUGCUUCCCAAGAAUAAUGCAAAGAUGGGACCCUGGAACGUUAGUUAUAUUCCUAUGGUAAUUGAAUAA